GGAGGUCUGCUUUAAGGCUGGGACAGUGCAUGUUUGUGCAGAGAGAGAGUGAAGCUAAUCCAGAUUAUCUGAUCCUUCUAAAGCUGAUCAGAGACUGAGAGGACGAACAGCUCGGACUCUUCAGACCUGCAGGUAAGACUUCUUCAACUGUUCAACUCAUUUUAGAUAAAGCUAUUUUAUAUUUGAUAGUGAUCAUGUGACAUGACACCCGUCAUGUGAUCAAUGACCACCUUAUUAGCAGAACUAAUAUCGGAGUUGUUCACAUUUUCUUAGCUCCUUGUGUGUGUCGUCUUUCACACACACACUACAGUGUGUGUUCACAUUAGUAGCGUUUUUGACAAGGGCUACAAACAGACGAUGGUUAAACACCAGGGGAGGCUAGAGCUCCUAAAAGCUGUUAGUGCUGCAAAGACCAAAUAUUUGUUUCACAUUUAGUUAACUAACAUAUGUGACACAACCAUGCAGCAAAAAUACCAACAAAAAGCUAGCAAUGCAAAAAUAGUUAAAAGUUAGCACAGACAUGGCUAAUUGAUAACAGACCUUUAAUUGUUUGUCAUUUUAUGGAAAUGACAAGCAGAGAUAACAGAGAGUUACCAAACUGUUCAAGGACCUGUCUGUAGUUUCCAGGAUUCACUUGGGAAUAUUUCUCCGCACUAUUUUCUUUUAUUAGUUAUCUAUCCUGCAUGGAAAAUGAACCGAGUUCUAGUACUAGUACUGGUCUAGCCUUUGAUAGUACUCAGUGAUGUUAGUGGGUUAAUGUUACUGCAGAGGAACUAACGUUUGUUACAAGUCCCAGCAGUAGCAUCUCCUGACUUUUGACCCCUGCUCAGGCACAUGUUGGUCUUCAUCCACACAUGCCACAACAUUGGCCUUACUUCAGGUUGAAGGGCGGGUCAAGUUUCUUAGGCAGAACCUGGAACCUGCAGCCAAGUCCUCAUUAAAGAGCAUUGAAGCCAACCAAUCCUAUUAGUCCAUGAACCUGACCAAGUGGAGGAGGAGGAGGAAGAAGACAAGGAUAAGGAUAAGUUCCUGUCGUUGGUUCUGCUGCCACUAAAGAAGCACUUUGUUCAUGUUAACCUCAUGCUCAUGCCAUGUCAUCUGUAUUUUUACCAUUAGAGGUGAAAGAGAUGUGGAGGGCUGAAAGGUUUGUUCUCCAGUCAAUGUAGAUCCUCUCCGUGGUCUGGACACUGAGGUGUCUCCUGGUUUUACAUGUCUUUUCCUGUCAUGUCCUCCAGGUUUGAUCACUUCCCUUCCGAUGGGUGACAUCACCUGGUGGGAGGGAGUCCCAAAUCUCACCCUUAAACACACACCAAGGGGACCUCUUUUAUCUGUCUGUGGCGUCUGUUAAGAAGAGGACCUCGUGUGACACCUCAAGGUCAACAUAAAGGACAAAUAUCCUGCGAGUUUGGCACCACCCACUGGGUCUCUUUGGAAUAUCACCUUGACAGUGUCAGGACAUGUUUUACUCUGAUAGCUUCCAGUCUAUCCUCACUUUUCAAACUCCCCCGGUCAUUGUGGAAGCAGAGCUAAAGUCUGGGAGGUGCGUGUUGUUUGUAUAAGGUUAAGUUGGACUCUGAUCCAGUAUGUUGAUAGGCGUCAGUCCCCUCAGAUUGUGCGUUCUUUGUUUUGUAAUUUUUUACUACUUCCUGUCUUGUGCCACGGCCACAGGAGCUUUGCCUGGUAUAGAUUUCAGUUAUGGGAUUAGCCCAAAAUUUGUCUGCACUCCAAUUCCCCCAGAGGCAGAUCCAAGCUGCUACUCUCCACCUACUGUGCCCCAUGGACCCAGCAGUUCCACCCACAGUGAUGGAAACUGGCGAGGGAUGAUGUCAGAUGAAGCUAAAGCCACCAUUCUACACCUACGAGAAAGUCUGGUCAGACAGAAGGAGACUAUCCUGGACCAAAGAGAAACCAUCAGGGAGCUGACGGCCAAGCUAACAGUGUGUGAAGGCUUUGGUGGCCACCAUAGCCCUGGUCACCACAACAGUCAUCACGAUGAUCACCGUGACAAUCAUGAAGGGCAUCACAGCAGCCACCACACCACCUUCUCUCACCAUGGUCCUUCAAGCUAUCACAGCAAAGACCAUUACACGCCCCACAACAGCCACAGGUCGGACCCCCACCACAGGAAGAACCCUUCUCUCAGUAAACAGGGUUCCUUCUCCCUAGAGCAGACCAGUAAGAUGCUGCAGACACUGAAGGAGCGGCUGGAGAGCCUACAGGUGAGUCUUCAUAACUGACAGGUCCAGUGUGUUUGUGUCUCAUGGUAUGGUUCUCUCUGGACUCUGACAGAGGAUUUUCUGAAACACUGAGGUGUUAAUGUCAAACCACAAUCCUGGAAUCCCGCACUCAAGAAAAACAGCAAAAAACUAUGUCAGUCAACUGGUAUCGAACAGAUCUUCAGACUCUGUCCUGGUCUUUAGUACACUCUCACUGGAUUAGAGUUAGUAGGCCUCUGUUAUAAAAUUACAAAUCAGAUUCAAUGGUUGACGAACAGUAGACGAAGAGACAUCGUCAUCAAAACAGGGAUGACCUCGUUAGUCUAACUUCAUGAGG